AUGGCCCUUCCAGCAAAGCGAGUUCAGCUCUACUGUCAGCGCCUGGACGCCACGGUCGAUGGCCACACCCUCGUGCCCUCUUCCAACUUCGCCCAGGACGUGACCAGCAUUCGGGCAGCUUUCCCAGGCCUCCCGCAAGCCGUUGUCUGCGACGUUAAAGGCGACCCUAUCAGGGACUUCGCCAAAGUCAAGGACGGCGACCGGCUCCUCGUCUUCAAGGACGAGUACGAUCAUGUGCAACCCGAAGCCUACCACUACGUCCUGUACCUACCUAAGGUAGGCGACAACGUCGACAAGAACUGGUUGAAAGCCACGCGUGCCGAGCGGGCUGCUUACCUCGUCGCCAUCCAAAACAACGAUCCCAUCAAGAACGUUGUCCGCAUCACAAUGCCACAUACUUAUGUCCAGGGCGAGCUGGCGCGCAUCAACUACUCCUUGGACAGCCGGCUGAAGUCCAACUACUCCCCUGACGUCACCUUCAAGGCCAUGCAGGAGAGCUGGUACAACAUGAAGUUCGAUGCCAUGUUCGACCAUCCCUUCAAUGCUGCCGAGAAGAUCAAGCCUCCGGGUGAUCCCAAGUCCUGGGACUUGAGGCUCCUCCCUACUCUUGUUCUCCUCAGCGAUUGCACCGCUGGACAGCCUCUCCUUGCUAGGAGUCUCGUCCUCGCUGCCAUCAAGAAGCGCACCGAGAAAGAGCCGGACAACGCAGAGGCCAAGCACAUGCUGACGGAGGACAUUAUCAAUGUGCUCGACGAUAUGUACAAGCAGGCCGACGCUAUUGACUCGGAUUGGCUAUAUACCCCUGAGUGA